CCAAAACUUGACCUCUGGCUCUAGGCCACAGCCCCUCCCCCACCCCAGGUGACCUCAUAAAGGUCACCAUCUUCUCUCUGGGCCUUGAGACCCUCUAUAAUGGCCCCACUGGCCUUGGCCAGAGCAGUCCCAUUUGCCCUGCUGGCCCUUGUGGUCCUCAGGGCGUCCACUUGGGCCUGUCUCAUCUGCUUUACCACCUACACAGAGCGCCUCCGCAUCUGCAAGAUGUUUGCUGGGAUGAACAGCCCUGAGCUCAAGAGAUGUGAGGAGGUCUUUACAGACGCCUUCCAGGGCCUUGAAGACAUCGAAAUCAACUAUAAUGAGAGAAACCACCUGCAUGACGCCUUCACCCAGAUGAUCCACUCCCUGCAGGAGCUGGCUACUGCCCAAGGGUCUUUUGAGGUUGCCUUUUCUGAUGCUGCGGAGAAAAUGAAGGAGGUCAUUGUACAGCUUACAGAAGCCCAGGACUGCAUCCCUCCCUGCGGACUCCAGGAGGCCUCCCGACGCUUUCGCUGCAGCGGGUGCUACCCCAAGAUCUGCAACUUUCCGGUGGACUGCCCAGUUCGGGAUGUGACGGUGACUCGGGGUAACCAGGCUAUGUUUUCUUGCGUCGUGAACUUCCAGCUGCCUGAGAAAGAGCUCACUUAUUCCUGGAAGUUCGCAGAAGGUCUCCGGACUCAGGACUUGUCCUACUUCCGAGAUAUGCCGCGGGCCCAUGGAUACGUGGCACGGAUCCGGCCUGCGCAGCCCAAGCACCGCGGGACUUUUUCCUGCUUGAUCACGCACGAUCAGAGCCUCCUGGCUCGGCUCUACUUCUUCCUUAAUGUGACGGGCCCGCCCCCACGCGGCGAGACCGAGCUCCAGCGGACGUUCAAGGAAGUUCUGCGCUGGGCGCCGCAGGAUGCAGAGAUGAUCGAGCCCUGGAGGCCGAGCCUGGGUGAGCUACUGACCAGGCCUGAGGCUCUGACGCCGAUCAACUUACUCCUGCUCGCGGCUGUCGCGGCUCUCGCAUCAGCGUCUGCGACCCUGUUGAUACGGUGAGUCCUUCGGACCCCAGAGUCCCAUCAUCCAGCUCCUUUUUUCUGCAGAUUGAGUGUCCGGUUCCCACCUCCUUUUUUAGAUCCAGAGUCUGGGCCCUCAUCCCCCUUUUCCUUCCCACCUAGGAGUCCAGACCCUCAAUAUCCUCCUCCCUCAGACCCAGGGGUCGGCCCUAUCUACCUUUGGGACUCAGGUGUCCAAGCUUCCCAAACCUACAUUUCUGGUCACCUCUCCCUCCUCCAACAUACAUGCCUCCUUGUUUCCCCAGGAUGUUCUUUCAAUGGUACUUCAGCCAUAACUAACAAAGGUAUCUCUUCUUUCCAUGCCCU